GUCACUACAUGCACGUGUAUGCUACGUUGGCAAUGGGAGGUAGCUCUCAUAAGCAAAUGGACAAGGAAGUGCCUCGUGCUAUGCAGCUCUACUACACAAAUUAGGUUGCUCGAUCUCUAGUUUCUAUUAUGAUCAAGCUAACGUGUGCAGAAUGUUCUUUUCACCGUUUGUGCUAUGAACGAGCUUUUCUUCAUCGCUCUUUACCUUCUCUCUUUUUCCUCACCUAUCCCCAUAUCAACCAUGGUGCAGACUGAUGGUCAACUCGGGUCGGUAACGUCCGGAACCCCUCCAGAUCCAUCAUUGAUUUGGACCUCACCAUGGAGCGCCGGAUGGAUGGAAACAGCAAGGUAAAUUCUUAAAACAACUUGAUCACUAUAAGAAUAAUAAUUAACUUCUCGACCUACACAGAGCAAACAAAAUGGAUAGUUCCGGUCCUUGGAUUCUUCUCUAUAUUUCGUCUAUUUUCAUGCUCUUCAAACAGUAUGUUAAUAUCAUUCAAUCGAUUGAAGCUAGUAAGCGUCUCACGGAGGAUGAUAUUGAAUUGAGGAAGAAGAGUAUGUCAGCUCGAAAUGCUAGGCGGUAAUGUUGACUACUGUUAUUAGGGGAUUGAGAGGGAAUGAAAAAUCAUGUCAAAUUAGAUGAUGUGGUAAUCUUACUAUCUUCAUUAGAAAUCUGGGUAUAGAGGAGUUCCUAUCUUGGUAUAUCCGAGCUUAUAGCUUAUUAGAUGAUAUCACCCAUAUCUUACAUAUGAGGAACAUCUCCCUGCAAUAUACAGUACAAUAC